AUGGAGACUGCUCUCCAUUUGGCCUGUGCCAGUGGCCAUCCAGAAGUAGUUACUGUCCUGGUGGACGGAAAAUGCAAGCUCAAUGUCCCCGACAGUGAAAAAAGGACAGCUCUGAUUAAGGCGGUACAAUGCCUGGAAGAGGAGUGUGCCACCAUCCUGUUAGAACAUGGUGCCGAUCUGAAUCACAGUGACGUGUAUGGCAACACAGCUCUUCACUAUGCUGUCUAUGGCGACAACCCAUCGAUCGCAGCAAAGCUCCUUUCACAUGGCGCAAAUAAAGAAGCCAUAAACAAGGAUCACCUCACUCCACUUCUACUUGCUGUAAGUGGAACUAAAGAGGAAAUGGUAGAAUUUUUGAUACAGAAGAAUGCAGAUAUAAAUGCAGUAGAUAAAAUGAACAGAACGGCCCUCAUGCUUGCUGAACAUCACAACUCACCAAGUAUACUACACCUUCUUGAGGAAGGUAUGGAUGUUUUUUCUGAAGAUAUCUCUGGAAGGACUGUUAAGGAUUAUGCCACUACUAGUGGUUUUAAUACCAUUCACCACCAAAUUUCAGAAUAUAAAGAAGAAAAGAUACCUGACGAUCUUUCUGAAAACAGCAAUCCAGUGGAUGGAAUAUCUGAAGACUCUACAAUCAGGAACCUGUGCUGUAUUAGACUGAAGAUGAAAAGUUUGAAGACUGCCAUGGAGUCCUCCAGAAGAAGGAUCUGGAAUCAGGAGCCCAUAAGAAGGAUGUCCACCUACCCAACUAUUGAUGAUUUAAGCAGUGUCGAUACCAAGGAUGUUUCUGAACCAAACUUAACAAACUUAACUACUGCUUCUCAGCAAUCCAGGAAAAAUUUAGAAGCAAAAUAUGCUACUGUGAGAACAGGUAAGGGAAACGUGUUUGAGGACAAGAUUUCUGAUCAUCCAAAGGAAGAUGUGUUUGAAUGCUUUCCCACAACAUCAGGCAAAGUCCAGGGCUUUUUAAAUCCUUCCUUUCCACCACCUGAGCUCAGCGGAAACCUUCCUCCGGGUCAUUGGAAAAUUGUGGUCUUACAAAGGCAAGUUAUUAUUUGA